CACCGCGACCGUCGAAAAGAGCAUCACUUUCGUCGUCUCCUUACUGCUCAAAGCAACAAACCAGAACUCUCCCGAAAAAUAAUAAUAAUAAUCAUCGGAGAGUGGAAAAGCCCACAAAAAAUUAUAGAAGAAAAUGGCAUCAUUUGAAGAGGCACCACCUGGAAACUCAAAGGCAGGAGAGAAAAUUUUCAAGACCAAGUGUGCCCAGUGUCACACUGUUGAAAAAGGCGCUGGCCACAAACAAGGUCCCAAUUUGAAUGGUCUCUUUGGAAGGCAAUCUGGAACAACGCCUGGUUAUUCCUACUCUGCUGCUAACAAAAACAGGGCUGUUAUUUGGGAGGAAAAGACACUGUACGAUUACUUGCUGAAUCCCAAGAAGUAUAUACCCGGAACAAAGAUGGUUUUCCCAGGACUGAAGAAACCGCAAGACCGUGCUGACCUCAUUGCUUAUCUGAAAGAGUCGACAUCUCAAUGAAUCUUCAUCAUAUUUGUGUACAUUAUCAUUUUGCAGUUGAGAGGCAUAAUAUGCCUUAUUAGGAGAAGACAAAAAUAGUUCUUUUUUGUAAUAAUAAAUAGAUCAUUGGAUGGUCUGCUGUGCUCCACGUUUCCUAUACUUGUCAUUGUAUUCAUUUCUCUUUAAAAAGGUGUUGUCCGUGGCAAAAUGAAAUAUUCCAAAUGAACACGAGAACGCUGUAACAGAAUGAAUGUAUUAGCCCUUGAAAUUCCA